AUGGCGACAGGGCUUGGAGGCCAAGCAAUUGCUGUUUGCCGAGGCUUAGGGAGAACCCAAGGACAUGGCUGUCGUCAGCGGUUAUUGAGAUCCCCGGCCACAGCGCGGCAGUUCAGUUCAUGCACGAAUUUUCGCGAAGCACACAAGUCUGGACCGGGGAAGGAACCCAAGGAGUCAUUCAAAUCACGUCUUGGGAGCGCAUGGAGCAGAACCAGAAUCCAGUGGCGUCCCAUUCCCAUCGGUCUUGGCAUCGGAUUCCUCGGAUUACUGCAAUUCUAUCGAACAAGGAGAGAUUCAGAGCGUUUGAGGGAGCUGGAGCUGGCUGAAGAUGGCACUCCUCCUCCUCGAAGGAGGAUUCGGCCGUCCGGGCCGUGGCAAGUGCAGAUGAUGUCGACUCUCCCCUUAAAAGCCCUGUCACGGCUAUGGGGGCGCUUCAACGAACUAGACUUGCCAAUGCCUCUGCGUAUCCCCGGCUUCAAGUUAUAUUCUUGGAUAUUUGGCGUCAACCUAGAUGAGGUUCGAGAACCGGAUCUGCGCACGUAUGCGAACCUUGCGUCUUUCUUCUAUCGCGAAUUGAAGCCUGGGGCUCGCCCAAUUGACCCCGAUCCGAGUGUUGUGAUAUCACCAUCCGAUGGGAAGGUGCUCUCAUUUGGAAUGAUCGAACGCGGUGAAGUUGAACAAGUCAAAGGAAUGACAUAUAGCUUGGAGGCGCUCCUUGGAGAGGCAAGUCCUUCCCGGGACGCCAUUGCAAGCCAUGGGGUCACCCCUGUGGAUGCGGUGGACGAUGACUCCAAUAACAUGGCCAUGGAUGAAGAAUUUGCCAGAGUGAACGGGAUAUCCUAUACCUUGCCUCAUUUAUUGUCAGGCUCAAAGAGAAAGCCAAAGAAGGAAACAGCCAUGGACGCAUCAACUACUUCGCAGUUGACAUCAGAAGCUAAAGUCAAGGCGGAUCUCGCGCUAGGAGAUGGCCGUCCUUGGUAUGCACCUAGGGCAUCGAACAAUGCACUGUACUACUGUGUUAUAUACCUGGCCCCUGGAGACUACCACCGCUUCCACUCUCCAAUCUCCUGGGUCGUUGAGAGUCGUCGUCAUUUCGCCGGAGAGCUCUACUCUGUGUCUCCCUACCUGCAGCGAACGCUGCCUGGACUGUUCGUGCUGAAUGAACGAGUUGUCCUGCUGGGUCGGUGGCGCUGGGGCUUUUUCAGUUACAUCCCUGUCGGAGCGACCAAUGUUGGCUCUAUCAAGUUGAACUUCGACGCUGAGCUGCGGACAAACAGUUUGACAACAGAUACCGCCGCCGACAGAGCAGCGGCCGAGGCAGCCAAGCGUGGCGAGCCUUAUUCUGGCUUUGCGGAAGCUACUUAUUACAAUGCCAGCAGGACUCUACGGGGCCACGCACUUCAGCGCGGCGAGGAAAUGGGAGGAUUCCAGCUGGGUAGCACCAUUGUACUGGUCUUUGAAGCGCCCAUGGGAAUCCGCCAAAGCUUUGAUGAGGGCUGGGGAAGUGGCAGAGAAGGCGGUUGGAAGUGGAAUAUCGAGCAAGGCCAGAAGAUCAAAGUUGGUCAAAAGCUUGGUCAUGUAGAGAUAUAA